AUGGCUGAAGAAUACCUCAUGGUGAAGCCCGAAGAAUUUCAACACCUCGUUCAAUAUUACAAAGGACAAAUUACGGACACUGCCUUACUAAACAAAGCAGGUCGUGUUGCUGCCAAAGAGCAUAUUAUUGUAAACAAUCCAAAGGUGCCGGAUGCUAUAGCGAAUCAACAGACUAGAGAAUUGUUACAAGAACGUAGAUAAUUGACGAAACGAUUAAGAGAUAAUCCAAGUGAACCCACGGCCGAUUUGGCAGAUUUAGAGUCUGAAGAAAGUGCCAUGACAGAAGAAAUUGUGGAAAAUUUACUCAAACGCAAGGCAAAGAAACAGAAGAAGAAACUACAAGAUGACAUUGCGCCCCUCAAGACACCCAAGAAGGAAAUUCCCACUCCUGGAACCCCUAAAAUACCAGUGUGCAUGAAGAAACGAGCAAAGAAA